AUGAAAACUUUAUUAUCUCAGGCAGUUAUGAUUCAUCUAUUAAAUUUUGGAAUAAAUAAAAUGGAUGAUUGUGCUAAUAAACUAUUAAAGAUCAUACUAAUUAUGUCUAUUCAUUAAGUUUAAAUGAAAAGUAAGAUAAAUUGAUCUCUUGUUCACUUGAUUCAUAAAUAUUCGUAAUUGAAUAUUCUUAGAAUGAUUAGAAAUGGAAUGUAAGUUAAAGGAUAAAAGUAGAAUAACAUGGACGUCGAUUAAGCUUUAUAAAUAAUAAUUAAUUCACAUUUUAACCUUAUAUUCAAGAAUAAAUGCAUUUAUAUUAGAUAAAUAGUAGAAAUCAAUAAUAUUUUAAGUCAAAGCAAAUUACUGUAAAAUCUGGUUCACUUUGUUGUAUUAAUCAAUUUCCAUAAUAAUAUUUAAAAUGUAAAUGUCUUUUAGUGAAUAAAAAUAGUUACCAUAUCAACUUAAUAAGAAAGUUAGAAAACGGAGAUUUUGUGACUGAAUAAAAUAUUCAAUUUGAUCAUCCUCAUAUUUUUGGUUAAUUAAGUGAUGAUGGUGAAUAUUUAAUCACUUGGGAUUAGAAAUCAAAAGAAAUACAAAUUAGAAAAUGCAAGGAAUUAUGA